AUGUCCGGUUUAAAGGUUCAAAUACUGAAGGGGUUCAACACUUACAGCGACGAUUUAAUCAAUAAAAAGAACACAAAUUUAAAUGCUAGGCGGCAGUUUAACACAAACAUCAGUGAUCUGGACGAUCUUACUGGGACUCGAGUCAGGUCCAACGUCUUUGCAGUUUACCAACCCAGGCGGAAGGAGAACACAGAUUUUGGAGGUUUUAAUAAAAAAAAUAAAGGCAGUAAAGAAAUUGUCGAAAAACAAGAAAUAGAGGAGAAAAAAAUUAUAGAGCCUGAAAUUGUUCAGCAGGAUGAGGUCGACAUUACAUCCUUCCUUUUCGAAAAUGAGCCAAACAAGGAUACAAAUGAGGUUACAAACGAAGAUAAAAAUGACGUUACAAAUGAAGUUACGAACGAGGUUAUAAAUGAGGUGGAAGUGGAGGAUAAAAAGGAGCAAUUUACUAUAAGUGAACCUUUAUUGGCCAUCAGUGACGGAGAGGUCAAAGGUGUAGAAAUUAAUGACAACAGCGUGAUUGAUAUGAGAAAUAUAGAUGGAUACUCAGAUACUGAUGAUUCAACCAUAAUGGAUGGGCAUGGACUUGUGGAAAAUAAGAAAACAAAAAAGGAUGAUUUAGGCGAAAAGUUUGACAAGUUUAUGGAGAUGAUGAAGCAAAGGUUCGAUAAAGACGAGAUGAGAGAAAGGCACGAACAGAAUAUGGAAAAAAUGAAAGAAGGGUUUAACACACUUAUUAGUAAAAUGGGAAUGAAGAAAUCGGGUGAGGGUAGGGAUAGAAAACUAAGUAGAAGUUCGAGUGGAAGUUCAAACGAUAGGUCAAAGAAUUGGGGUUCUGGAAUAAGCAGAGAAAAUUUAAACAAAAUGGGCGGCAAAUUAUUCUCGAGUGGCGUGAAUGAAUACGUUAAAAAUGACGUUAAAAAAAGAUGUUGUCUUAAAUUAAUGAAACCUAAAAUGGGAUUUUAA